GCAGGCAUCAGGAAAUAAUGUCAUGAAUCUCCCGUACUUAAAAGGAAUGGUAAAUAUGUCGCAGGCCAAGCGCCGUCUGAUUCGCCUCCAAACACCUACCUCUGGAUGCCAUCACCAUCAUGGGAGUCGUCUUCUCUCAGCCAGGCAAAGACUCGUUCCCUCCGGGGGCCUAUGCCGCCGGUUCGACGGCGUCUAUCAACGCCUCCACAAUCGAACCGUAUUUCGGCGUCAACACCGGCCUGUACGGGGAAAUCCCGACGAAAGAGCUCCCGCCGAUCCCCUACGAGUGGAUGAUAUCGCCAUCCGAGAUCAACAAGGGCACAUGUCCGAGUAGUUCACAGAUCCUCACGGCUUUCGCCGUCGCCGAGGCUGUAGUUGUAUUACUCACACCUCUGGUUGCCCGCCGCCCGGUUGUUCAUUUCCUCACCCGAGGCAUGCUUGGACGCCGAGUCAAGGGUUCCGUGGCGUUGACUUGGACGGCUGUUUUCGCGUGCCAGCUCCUGGCCAACGCCGCCAUCGCCGGCAUGGUUGGCAACACGCCCGGUUACGGCGGCCUCAACAUGCUACACAUCUUCACCGUGUACAUAGCACGACCGCGGUUCAACUUCGCCAUCCUGGGGCUGCUGCGGAGUCUCGUCGGAGUGAAGCGGAGCCGAGCCAUGGACAAGACGAGAAUCAUCGAUAGGAAGCGUGACAACCGCGUCGAGUUUCCGUACGCCGACGCCUACAUCACCACGGCCGUCUCCGAGAUCCUGCUGCUGAUCAUCGCCGCCAUCUUCACCGGCGUGACGUGGCACCGGAUGCCCAAGGCCUCGCUACCACGAGACUACAUGUCUGACAUUGUCAGCUUCGUGUACAGCACGCCUGCCGUGAUGCUCCUGUGCAUUGUGGCAUUCGUGCCCAUCAACAGGCGGUAUGGCGAUGCGUUUCCCAUCGAGGGCCGCCGUCAGGGUCCGAUCCGGCACUGGGGUGCUACUGUGGCGGCUGAUGGAAGGGCAACCAUACGAGUCAAGGAGGAGAAGCCCCACGGCGUCAAGACAAAGAGAAUUGCGAGUGCCGUAGCGUCAACCGUGUUGAUGGGGUUUGUGAGCUUGGUGCAAUGGACUUACUGGACGAGGUUCUUGGAGAUCCCUGGCGUGCUGUUUUGUCCUCCAAAGCUGAUUCAGUCCGGAGUUAUUUGGGCCAUCUUUACCGUUGCGGGAACCUUCGCCGGGGCUGCUUCGUGAUUCCCAGGGACGACAUUGCGAACCAAAGAUACCCAACAUAUGACACACUACCAUGGGAAAAUAAACUGUCAAACAUCUAUUGUGGCCAAGACGCGUCAUCAUCUAUGUGGAAAAUUCGAGGAUGGAUUCACCUGUGAACCCUUCGGCCUUUCCAACUUAUCCGUGUCCGAAGUUUUCCUUUUCUCCGUAGGGUGUCGUCCCCUCUUUCACCAGAGGUGCGUUGACUACUGUGAGAAUUGGUUAUACAUGAUAUGUCGUGUAUAGAUGACGAAGCUGUGCUCGACAACUAUAGAAGCCAUCGGCUUGGACCGAAAUCACCGAGUAGAAAUAUUCAGGUUUUCUCUAAUAGUUAUACGGAGCUGAAACAUAGCCAGACA